GCCAAUCAGACAGAGGAUGCGAUGAAGAGGGCGGGGCUAACACACACGCUGUCCUUUCUUAAAUGAAGGAAAAUCUGUAAAGCUGCCCGUCACGCACGCUUCUGAAAAUUGUUUCCUCGUUGAGAAACGUCAUAAAAAAAUCAUCAUGUCUGACAAGAAGGCCGUGAUCAAGAAUGCUGACAUGUCUGAUGAGAUGCAGCAGGAUGCAGUGGACUGUGCUAUGCAGGCCAUGGAGAAGUACAACAUUGAAAAGGAUAUUGCUGCCUAUGUCAAAAAGGAGUUUGACAAGAAGUACAACCCCACAUGGCAUUGCAUCGUUGGGAGGAAUUUCGGCAGCUAUGUGACACAUGAGACGAAGCAUUUUAUUUACUUCUACCUGGGCCAAGUGGCCAUUCUACUGUUCAAGUCAGGCUGAGAUCAAAACCCUGCCGUGCUUUCACCACUUUUAAUUCAGCCCUUACUUUGUUUCACGCUGUAUAUUUGCUGCAAACUUUCUGCAGACAUGGUCACCUGCUUUUUUCUGCCAGUUAUCGUUUGCAACCUGCAGCUCUUCACAGGCAGGGGAUGAUGCUUUAGUCAUGAUUGGACUGGUGAUGUGCCGUUCGUAGAGAAUGCAAAUGUUUAACCAUUCCUCAUGCCAGCUCUAAAUCAGAAGUUGCACAUGUGACGGACUCAUCAUGAUUAAUAAUUUCUGAGUAUUCGUUUUGCUGUGCUUCGACGCACUGACCUUGUACAUUUUUUCAUAUGGGUACGUUGUAUAAUAACUUAUUUUCAUGUAAUUAAAAAAAAAAGCAACAGAUUUUUUUUUGUUAAAGUGUCCUUUAAUUUAAAGUGUCAUUGAUAUUGAAUUUAAAACGCCAAGACUGUUGCUUACACCUAAUAAAGAACAUGUCAGGUUCUGUACAUGCUUGAACAUUCCUGUUUUCACUUCAGUUGUGAAUAUUUCAAGUGUUAAUGUCGCACAUCUCUGGAAUAUAAUCUGGUUUGGGGUUUAGUAAUGUGAUAUUUCAUCAUGUUGAGUACUAAUGAUCUUUAAGACAGUAAAUUGGCUCAAAAAUCUGA